AGGACAAGCUGUGGCUCGAAGGGCCAGGACAUUGGGAGCCAAUGACGGUCCCCUGGCUUUGGUAUGCCUUGGUGUUGCCAUGCGUUUCCGUUCUUGCUUCCACCACGGAGCCUUCUGACUGGGAAUCCGACAUGGACAAGCAAUGUGCGGAGAUGCUGGGGCUUUCCACGACCACAUCCACGACAGUCUGGUUCAUGAGCGCUGACCAGCGCAAGGCCAUCGAACUGCAUGCAACCUUGAUGAAGAAGGUGAAGCAGGACGGCUACCAAAUGGCGGCGGAGUUUCAAGAAUGGCUGCAAGUGCGAUUGAUGGCAAUGUUUUUCGGCUUCACUGUGGGCACGCCGCUAGUGGUGGGCCUCGCCUACCGGCAUUCGAGCCGAUUUCGCAAAUGGACAUCUUGGCUGGACGCGUGGGUGCCAUUUCGCAGAUGCAUGGGCUUUACUAUGGUGAUAUUCGUCAUUGCAGCUGGUGCUUCUGCCUUCUUCAGCCUCCGCAUCACUUGGCUAUCUCAGAACGUGAUGGAGGAUGUGCAGGAGUACUACCUGAGCUCCUUCACCUACCGGUUGUUGGAUGACUUCAUUGUUGAGUCCUACAACCUCAGCAUGGCAGAUGCAGGGAAGCCCAAGCAGCUGGUCACCCAGCUCUGCAAUCCCACAGACACCGACUUCCGAAUACAGCAGCUGGAGGUGGAUGGUAUAUUGGGAAGGAAAGGUGGCGCAUUUCUCACUAGCCAGCUGCAGAGUCCUGUGGUUCUGCCGCCCCACUCGGUGGAUGACAUGGUUAUCGAAUAUGUGGUGAUUGAAGACUGGAAUGCCGUGAUCGCGCCAGCCAUGGGUGUGGCAGUUGCCAGCGCCAUCAGCAACUAUUUCACAACGGAUUCUACCAUGCUCAUGUCCUUCGUCAUACGCACGGACUGCGUCGUGAGGGCGACGCAGGUCUACCUGGGAGUGCGGGCAAAUUAUCCUCUGGCCUUGUCAGAGCUACCAGAGGUCUGGAAUUGGAAUGCUUCGUAUUAUGCGAAUCCCGACGCCUUCUGGGUCCAACUCUAUGUGGCACUCCUGAAAGGAUUGGAGAACGAGAGGGUCCUCGAGUGGGACUCCUUGGAGGUUGGCGGUGAGCUGAUGGCUUGGGUCUAUGGAGUGGUGACCCUCUGCAGCGUCAUCUUUGUGUCUUCGACCUUUAUGUUCAUGCUGUUACUGCUGAAGCAGGAAGUGCGGUGCAGGACCUGCCGGCGGCGGCCGCCGCCGCGGGAUCUGGAGUCAAUUUGUCCGGAGAAGGUCUGGGGUCGCAGCCUGGCAGACGUGGAGAUCGAGGUGCCCGAUGAGGAUCUGAAGUCGAAACCGCACCUCACCAAAGCCACCACCCGCAUGGAGGCGCCUCCUAAGUGGGGGGCAGCGCCGGGGCUGCUACAGUCAACAUCACCGCCCUGCUCAGGUCUUAAGAGUCGCUAGAGUCGCUGGGGCCCUGCUAGGGCAGGCUCCGGCCAUUUUCCCGCACACCGCUCCGCCCCCCAAAUGGGGGGCUGGCGCGAUUAUCGCGAAGCUGCCGUGUUCCGCCGCUCGUGCUUGCGCGGUGGCAUGUAUCUCUUUGGGGUCAAUGACUUGUUUGGAAAGAGGGGCCUUGUGAUGUGUGACAGGCGCACUUGGGUCUGUA